GUCAAAACUCCACACCACAUUUUCUAAACCAAUGAGAUGACUGAUGAGCAUGAGUGACAUACAUUUGGACCAAUCUGGGAAACGGUAGAAUUAUUUUGGAGCAAUCGGGAAACGUUAAAUUGCAACACUCCCGGCUUUCCGGUUAGUUCGUAGCUGGAUCACUACAGAGUAACGUCUUUGUCUUUUUCGGUUGUUUGGAAUCUUUUAAUUCAACCAAAAUGAGGGAAAUUGUGCACCUCCAGGCAGGCCAGUGUGGAAAUCAGAUUGGCGCUAAGUUUUGGGAAGUCAUAAGCGACGAGCAUGGCAUCGACCCGACUGGGUCAUACUGUGGGGACAGCGACCUGCAGUUGGAUCGCAUCAACGUGUAUUACAACGAGGCUUCAGGUGGAAAGUAUGUCCCCCGGGCAGUGCUGGUGGACUUGGAGCCCGGCACCAUGGACUCGGUGAGGUCCGGUCCCUUUGGCCAGAUCUUUAGACCAGACAACUUUGUCUUUGGCCAGAGCGGAGCUGGUAAUAACUGGGCUAAGGGUCACUACACUGAGGGAGCCGAGCUGGUGGACUCGGUCCUGGAUGUCGUGAGGAAGGAGGCGGAGGGCUGCGACUGCCUGCAGGGCUUCCAGCUCACACACUCCCUGGGUGGAGGGACCGGCUCGGGCAUGGGCACGCUGAUGAUCAGCAAAAUCCGAGAGGAGUAUCCAGACCGCAUCAUGAACACUUUCAGCGUGGUGCCUUCGCCUAAGGUUUCAGACACAGUGGUGGAGCCGUACAACGCCACCCUCUCGGUCCACCAGCUGGUGGAGAACACAGAUGAGACCUUCUGCAUUGAUAAUGAGGCGCUGUAUGACAUCUGCUUCCGCACACUGAAGCUCACCACGCCAUCCUACGGAGACCUCAACCACCUCGUCUCAGCCACCAUGAGCGGGGUGACCACCUGUCUGCGCUUCCACGGCCAGCUCAAUGCUGAUCUGAGGAAACUGGCCGUCAACAUGGUGCCCUUCCCCAGACUGCACUUCUUCAUGCCCGGCUUCGCCCCCCUGACCAGCCGAGGCAGCCAGCAGUACAGGUCGUUGACGGUUCCUGAGCUCACCCAGCAGAUGUUCGACUCCAAGAACAUGAUGGCAGCCUGCGACCCGCGCCACGGCCGCUACCUCACGGUAGCCGCCAUCUUCAGAGGCCGCAUGUCCAUGAAGGAAGUGGACGAGCAGAUGUUGAAUGUGCAGAACAAGAACAGCAGCUAUUUUGUUGAGUGGAUCCCAAACAACGUGAAGACUGCCGUCUGCGACAUUCCUCCCCGUGGCCUCAAGAUGGCCGCCACCUUCAUCGGCAACAGCACGGCCAUCCAGGAGCUGUUCAAGCGCAUCUCAGAGCAGUUCACCGCCAUGUUCCGCCGCAAGGCCUUCCUCCACUGGUACACCGGCGAGGGCAUGGAUGAGAUGGAGUUCACAGAGGCUGAGAGCAACAUGAACGACCUGGUGUCUGAGUACCAGCAGUACCAGGACGCCACCGCUGAGGAGGAGGGCGAGUUUGAAGAUGAAGGCGAAGAGGAGCUGGCCUAGACGCUCAGCCCAAACGCAUCAUUGUAGAAUUAUUGACAAUUGGAUUUUAAUCAAUAAAACUACAGUUUCAAAGAAUCGCACAGUAGUUCCUCUGAAUGUUGCACAAUGAUAACAGUUCUUGUCCAGCCUUGUUUUUUUAAAUGUCUUUGUUUUGUUCUCAACCGUCUGUUCUUCCUUCCUGCUUUGGAUAUCAAUGUUUUUGUCUUGUAUCUUCUGUUCACUCUUUUCAAGAUGCAAGGUAACAAGAUUUGUUAUGAAAGAGAACGUAACAGUGACCAGUUUAAGGCCCUCAUCAGACUCGCAUUCAGAUGUGACAAAUCCUGUUUGAUAUGGAGCUUAAUUGUUUUGAAAGAACUGGUCAUUGUUACAAUAUUCCUAGUGUGCGUGUACUGCGAUGUUAUUACAACAAAUGCAAAGCUUAAUUUCAAUAAAAUAUUUAUCAUUUGGUGCUA